UCCAACAAUUACAUGGAUGAAGGUUAAUGGCUAUAUCCCUAGCAAGUCACGGCUGCGGAAGUCUCAGGCAGUGCUGGAAAUACCCAAUGUGCAGCUGGAUGAUGCAGGCGUAUAUGAGUGCAGAGCUGAAAACUCGCGUGGAAAAAAUUCCUUUCGUGGACAGUUACAAGUAUACACUUACCCACACUGGGUAGAAAAGCUCAAUGAUACUCAGUUAGACAGUGGGAGCCCUCUCCGCUGGGAGUGUAAGGCUACUGGGAAACCCAGGCCCACAUAUCGCUGGCUGAAGAACGGAGUGCCCCUCUUAACUCAGAGUAAGGUUGAGAUGGUUAAUGGAGUACUGAUGAUCCACAGCGUGAAUCAGUCAGAUGCUGGGAUGUAUCAGUGUUUGGCUGAAAAUAAAUAUGGAGCCAUUUAUGCAAGUGCUGAACUGAAAAUUCUAGCUUCAGCUCCCACUUUUGCACUGAAUCAGUUGAAGAAAGCAAUAAUUGUUACCAAAGGCCGGGAAGUCGUCAUAGAGUGCAAACCCCAAGGCUCUCCAAAGCCAACCAUCUCUUGGAAGAAGGGGGACAAAGCAAUUAGAGAGAAUAAAAGAAUAGCUAUUCUUCCAGACGGGAAUCUGCGGAUCCUAAAUGCUUCUAAAUCAGACGAGGGAAAGUACGUUUGCCGAGGGGAAAAUGUCUUUGGUUCUGCUGAAAUCAUAGCUUCAGUAUCUGUAAAAGAACCUACAAAAAUAGAACUUACUCCUAAAAGAACAGAGUUAACAGUGGGAGAAAGCAUUGUUCUUAACUGUAAAGCAAUCCAUGAUGCUAGUUUGGAUGUCACUUUCUACUGGACACUGAAAGGACAGCCUAUCGAUUUCGAGAAAGAAGGUGGACAUUUUGAAAGCAUCAGGGCCCAAGCAUCCUCUGCAGAUUUAAUGAUCAGGAACAUCCUUCUGAUGCAUGCUGGGAGAUAUGGCUGCAGGGUACAGACCACAGCAGACAGUGUGUCAGAUGAGGCAGAACUUCUUGUUAGGGGUCCCCCAGGCCCACCAGGGAUAGUGAUCGUUGAAGAGAUCACCGAAAACACAGCCACACUCUCCUGGAGUCAAGCAGCUGACAACCACAGCCCGAUCUCCUCCUACAAUCUGCAGGCUCGCAGCCCAUUCUCCCUGGGCUGGCAAACAGUGAAAACAGUCCCAGAAAUCAUAACAGGGGACAUGGAGUCAGCCAUGGCGGUGGACUUGAACCCCUGGGUGGAAUAUGAAUUUAGAGUGGUUGCCACCAAUCCGAUUGGGACUGGAGAUCCAAGCACCCCAUCUCGAAUGAUCCGCACCAAUGAAGCAGUUCCAAAGACAGCACCCACCAACGUAAGUGGAAGAAGUGGAAGAAGGCACGAGUUAGUCAUUGCGUGGGAGCCAGUAUCUGAAGAGUUUCAGAAUGGGGAAGGCUUUGGCUAUAUUGUGGCUUUCAGGCCCAAUGGAACACGUGGGUGGAAGGAGAAGAUGGUGACAUCCUCUGAAGCUUCGAAGUUCAUUUAUCGAGAUGAAAGUGUCCCUCCUCUUACUCCCUUUGAAGUGAAAGUUGGUGUCUACAACAAUAAAGGGGAUGGACCUUUCAGUCAAAUUGUGGUCAUCUGCUCAGCUGAAGGAGAAAUACCCGAUACCUGCCUAGAGCUGACAGCAAAUCAGGACGAAAACAUGUCCCAGAUGCUGAAUCAGAAGCAGCUAACAGAAUUAAUGUUGAUUGGAGGGAACCACAAACCACAAGGACUACAAGACACACCUUACAGUACCAGUUAG